AUGUCUCAAACCGUUGCCUUUGUCUCAGGAGCGACUGGCCACCAAGGCGGUGCUACCGCGCGCGAACUCUUGAAAUCAGGAGUCAAAGUCCAUGCCCUCGCUCGGGACCCGUCCUCCAAGUCCGCUAUUGAUCUCCAGCGCCUGGGUGCCCACCUGUUCCCCGGUGAUUUCGACAAUUUGUCCUCCUUGAAGGCUGCGAUGACAGGUGCUACUGCAGUCUUUCUCAAUGUAAUGCCCAUCGUAUCCGACACCAAACGGGAGGUGAUCCACGCAAAGAAUAUCAUCGAUGCCGCGAUUGCGUCCGGAACAGUUACCAGUAUCGUCUAUUCAAGCGUGACAAUGACCGGCAGACACGACGAGUUCCCGAAUUGGGGCCCCGACUACCCACUGGCGUGGUACUGGGAGAACAAGGCCCAAAUCGAGUCAAUGGUGCGAGGGUCGGGGCUGGAAUACUGGACCAUUCUUCGGCCUGCAUUCUUGAUGCUUAACUAUCUCCUGCCGAAGGCGUCGUACAUGUUUCCUGAUUUGGUUCAGCGCCGGGUCUUUUUGUCGGCAUACAAACCUAGCACUGCAAUGACGAUUCUCGAUGGUGAUGACGUCGGGAAGUUUGCCGCUGCUGCGAUUGUUGAACCGUUGGCAUUUCACAAGCAUGAGAUAGACUUGGGUGUGGAAUCUCUUACCCCGGCGGAAAUUGUGCGGGAGCUGAGCCGGGUUUCUGGAAAGGAUGUUUCCCUCCAGUUCUAUGAUGAGAAGGAGGUGGAGGAGCGUGCGUUGACAGACCUUCUGAUUCAGAGCCAUGUGUGGGCAAAUGAAGUUGGGUACCAGGUCAACUUCAAGGAUCUCGAGAAAUACCCGAUCCGUCUGACUACGUUCGCGGAGUAUCUUGAGAAGCAUCGGGAGGAGGUUCUACAGAUGUUGGGCUGA